GUCCUACCAAACCAUCCCAGAUUCCUCGCUCCUACAUGCCUGCAUCUGCUGCUCGCCAGCUUCAUCCUCGCCGUCCGAUCAGGUCUAGUACCGAUUACAUAACAUGCAUCACUACAAAGGCCUGCCGGAGCUCACAGCCAUGAGCUCCCUAACCUCCCACCCUCUCAUCUCCAGCUUCAGCGAACUCGCUCUAUACGCCCUGCUCCUCAUCUCAUCCAUCAUGUUCGAACUAUGGAAGACCACAGACACCACAAGGCAGACUGAAACUGUCAACACACAGCCCUGCGGGUCAUUCAAGCGCCCCAUGAGCCCCAACAUGCUCAAUGAGGGCGUCGAGCGUUCGAUGGCCCGUCGAAGGAAAGACGCUCCCCCAAUGAAUAUCAACGCAAAGUGCAGCCACUGUGACAAGGUCUUCCGUCGCCCUUGCGAUCUGACGAAGCAUGAGAAGACACACAGCCGCCCCUGGAAGUGCACAGAGCCCUCAUGCAGAUACUAUGAGGUUGGCUGGCCCACUGAGAAAGAGAGAGACCGCCAUAUCAAUGACAAGCAUUCCCGUUCUCCCACCAUGUACAAGUGCCUCUAUGCUCCAUGCCCCUAUCAGUCUAAGCGCGAAAGUAACUGCAAACAACACAUGGAGAAGACCCAUGGCUGGGCUUAUGUGCGAUCGAAGAACAACAGCAAGGGAGGUAGCAGCAGUCGGGGCUCCCCCACUGAAUCUAUCCCAGCAUCGACCCGAAUGACUCCCGCCUCCACUCGCACCACUCCAUCGACCCCGAGUCUCCCAACGCCGGGACCAACGACACCUUUCUCUAUUCAGGAAGUCGACUGUUACAACACCCCACUCGUGACGACUGACAAUUUCCCGGAGCCGCUCAUGCCGAUGACCAAUGAGGACUUCCAGCUUUUCUCGGACCCCACUCUGUUUGGUGGUUCCCUGGCGAACUUCAACUUCGCUUCAUUUGGUCCCAUCCCUCCAGCAAUCCCAGAGCUCGUCCCAGAGCUAGAACAUUUCUGUGCCCAGCCUCAGACUACCAACGAAGCCCUGCCCGAAGCUGGGGCUUUUAGCCUGGGUCUCCAUAGUGGACAAGGAGACAUCAUGCUCUACACUCCAGGAUCACCCUGGCCAGACGACGACGGCCUUCUUUAAACGGCUUUUACAUUUUAAAUUACAUUUUGAACGAAUUUGGUUCUGGGUCGGUUGGGUUUCAUGUACUUUCCUACUUCAUCUUCUUCCCUUUUUUUAAAGCGAAUGUACUUUCGGGUGGCCUUGGCGUUUGUAUGGGGUUAUAUAUCGUGUUUGGUGAUGAUAACCUUGCUACGGAACUUGGAUACACGUUUUUGACUUUCAAUUCUAUGAAUGUGAAUGAGAGAUCCCACUCAAUAUCUCUUUUUAAUAUGGCUUCUUUUAAAGACUUCACCUUUUCAUCACAAAUUGAGUAACAUCGUUUACUUUCCAUGAAUGUACUUCAUUUUUAUUUUAAACCUAAUUCGUUUUACCGAAU